ACGUAGCAGCGGCAGCGGCGGCAGCAGCAGUAGCAGCAACACAGCAGCAGCAACAGCCCACCUUUCUUCCUUUCUGGCUCCCUCCUUUGGUGUUACAGGAGGAAAUCCUGCGAAUGUCACUGGGGGUGGGGGGUGGGGGGUGGAGGUGCCACUGCUGCUGGGGGUGGUGGUGAGAAGGCAUUCAGGAGCAGGCAGCCUUUGUGGGGGCAGCGCCCGGGGGCAGAUCUCAUCACAGACCAAACCAUCCGCACACACUACAAAGGACCAAGACCUGCCAAUGUCAUCAGCCAUCGAAAGGAAAAGCCUCGAGCCCUCCGAGGAGCCGGUGGAUGAGGUGCUCCAAAUCCCCCCUUCCCUCUUAACAUGUGGAGGUUGUCAGCAGAACAUUGGGGACCGUUACUUCCUCAAAGCCAUUGAUCAGUACUGGCACGAAGACUGUCUCAGCUGUGACUUGUGUGGGUGUAGACUUGGAGAGGUGGGAAGGAGGCUGUACUAUAAACUGGGAAGAAAACUCUGUCGAAGAGACUAUCUCAGGCUUUUUGGCCAAGAUGGUCUCUGCGCCUCCUGUGACAAGCGAAUCCGGGCCUAUGAGAUGACAAUGAGAGUGAAGGACAAAGUGUACCAUCUGGAAUGCUUCAAAUGUGCUGCUUGCCAGAAACACUUUUGUGUUGGCGACAGAUACCUUCUCAUCAACUCAGACAUAGUGUGUGAGCAGGACAUCUACGAGUGGACUAAGAUCAAUGGGAUGAUAUAGCCCAUUUGUGCCUCAUAGUCUCCAAAAUGCAUCUCAUGGGUGACACAUAUACCUAGCUGUGGUGAGGAGGUUAUCACUCACAACAUCUAUGUGCUUUGUCUAAGGUAGGGGAAAACACAACAAAAUACACAGGCACUGCAUUAUAUGCAAAUGAUGAUUGGGGACUGAAGCAAUAGCAGAUAGAUGGAUUGCUGUUAGCAAACACAUUUUGAUUAUAAACUGACAUUCUCAGAGGUGGUGGUGGAAGUCAGGGAACCAUUAUAAACCAGCUAUGAAUUCUCUUGACUGGAAAUUACAGUAGUAACAUGUAAAAAGAUGUUAUGCCUUUGGCACUUGCAGAUUAGGUUGUGCAACUGAUUUUUCUUUACUUCAUUUCUAUUUACUCUACAUAAACCAUAAUAAUCCCAAAGUUAAUACAAGAUGGAGUUGUUUCAAGAGCAGGGGGAUUCCAGUUUUUCAGAGUCAUCUGAUUCUCCAAAGCCUUAAGUUUUGGAAGUGAAAAGAAAGAAUCUGGUUUGCAUGGAAAUCAGUUUUCCCGAGCUGAGAAUGAAAAGUACAGCCUUUGGUUGCAAUCCUGUGGCAACCUGCACCCAGUUAUUUGCAUUUAAGUCAUUGUAAGCUCACUGUAACUUAAUGGCAUAAAACUAGGGGCAGGAAUGCAGCCUUAAAGAUUAAGCAAUUGUUUUAAGAAAUUUGGAUGAGUAGCUGCCUUCUACUGCCGUUGUUUGAAAGUGAGAAAUUUCACCAAUCAUUUCUAUACGGAUAUAAUUUUAAAGAGUUGUUCAGCUAUUUUAUUAACUUAGAUGAUAAUAUCAGUACAUAAUGUGUGUAGUAAGAUUCUGCAGAUUUAAUAAAAAUGACUGAUAAGA